CACAUGAAGAAGAUGCGGUAUGACUGCAGCGAUGGUUUCGUGUGCUUGUAAGGGCAUUCGCCAUUGUCUUGUGUGUGAAACGUUGAAGGGAAAAGGGCAGAUAGAGGCGAAAGAACGAAAGGUUGUCCAUCAAUUCCUGUAUGAUCCGGAGUCAAAGUGUGCUGUUUGUAAAGAUGCAGAAGCCACAUCAUCCUUCGCUUUUCCUGGCAUCUUCCUGUGGGAGAAUUUUAUAUCAGAAGAGGAGGAGAAGGAGUUGAUAAGUAGCAUGGACCAGGAUGUGUGGAAUCCAUCCCAGUCUGGUCGCAGGAAACAGGACUUUGGCCCAAAGGUCAACUUCAAGAAGAAGAAAGUGCAUGUGGGUAAUUUCAGUGGACUGCCUGCUGUGAGCCAGCAUCUGAUCCUUCGGAUGCAACAGGAACAGACUCUAGCAGACUUCCAGCCCGUGGAGCAGUGUAACCUGGACUACCACCCUGAGCGAGGCUCUGCCAUCGACCCACACCUGGAUGACUCAUGGCUGUGGGGGGAACGCCUGGUCACAAUCAAUAUGUUAUCAGACACCAUACUCACAAUGUCUAUGGAACAGGGUCUGCCAGAGGUGGGACUCACACAGGAAGUUCAGGUAGCCGUGCACCUUCCUCGCAGAUCUUUAGUGGUGUUAUCAGGCUUUGCACGCCAUCAGUGGAAACACGCCAUUCACAGAAAGGAUGUUCACUCUCGCAGAGUGUGCAGCACCUACAGAGAACUGUCUGCAGAGUUCCUGCCUGGAGGACCGCAGGGAGAUCUGGGAGCGCAGCUGCUCCACAUCGCACACAGCUUCAUUGGAACUUCUCUUUAAAUCAUGUGAGGACGCAACCAAAGACAGCAUAACUGGGCCAUACUCGCAGAGCUUCCUCACAACACAAGUUGCUCCUAGUGAGGAAAUCCUAUGAAAAUUCUGAUGUCCUCUCCACACUAAUUCAGGCGCUUUUCUAAACUGAUUUUUACUCCUCCAUUCAAAGACAAACAGAAAGAAAGAAACAACUUUUGUUGAAAAGAAAAUCUCUGUACAUGCAAGAACACUCAGAAAAUGAAUUUCUUGUAGUAGACUAAAAACUGUAUAUACUUAGCAUCAUUAAAAACGUAUGGUCUGAACAUGUGGUGUAAUUUCCAGAAAAGUAUUUGCUCAGGUGCCUAUUUUGCAUAUGUUGCGCAUGUGAUGAGUAGCACAAUUAACAGCUGUAUUUUUAAAAUUCCUGAUGUGUGCGACAUCGGCGUUUGGACUUAUCCCUUAAUGCUGGACAUUGAGUCGAAUCUCUUGUACAGAGUCACACUUGACUGGUAACUUAAGUUGUGGUCAAUAGUAGUGAUGUCCCGAUCUGGAUUUUUUUGCCUCUGAUCCAAUCUGAUUUUUGUCAGGAUUAUUUUUGCCAAUACCGGUCUGAUACCGAUCCGAUACUGACUUUUUACAAUACAAUUUUAAUUCAAAUUUGGAGUCAUUAUUUAUAGGUUAUUAUGCUAUUAUUUUACUUAGGAUCACAAUUGGGCUGAAUGUGGAACCUGAACAAAAACAACUAUGACACCUUUGACUCUUAAUAACUUUAGUGCAAUUUUUGCACUUUCCAAAUUCAUACUGUGGGUCAAAUUAGAACUUUUGGCAGUGUAAUUUUGGGUGCGUUCUGCGCUGUACGUUAGUGAUGCACACAUCAGCAGGUUACUCACGAGUCAGGUUGGGGUGGGUCAAAAGAAUGUCAGUUAAUUUGCAGGG